GAGAGAGAGAGGAGCAAAAGAGCGAGCGAGCAGUAUCUCGUGCGGAUUUUACCGAGCAGGAGGACUUUGCAAUUAAUCCCUGCUUUAUUCCUACAUUUAUCCGUCAAAUCGACCAAGUUUAGGCAGAAAGAAGCAAAGUCAACGAGUGCUUUUUUUUGCGACGGAGUAAAGGGGGAUUUAAAAAACGCAACACGUAUCCGGUGGUUGGGGUCCCACGGGAGAAGCGACAGGAGUUUGGGGAGCCGGAGGUGAAAAGAAACCCUACCAAAAAUACGGAAUUAUGAGGAAUUUUUUGAUCUUCACUCUCGGUUUGGCACUCUACCUCUCCGGGGAAAGGAUAGCGGACGCAGCCAAAACGUCCUCCCAGGCUGACGAUUUAUACAUAGACGACGCGGGAUCAGGGGGUUACUACCCCGAAGAUGAUGAUGACUUUAACUCAGGGUCUGGUUCAGGCGCAGGUGAAGAAGUGGCUGAAGAAAGCGUGACGGUCAGCAUGGUGUACAUCGCGCCCAAAGCGGAAGAACCCACCAAGGACUCCACCAAAGACUUCACCCCCAAGGUGGAGACGGCGACGGUUCGACAAAAGCCUAGCGACAGCACGCCCAAGAAACCAUUCAGAACAGAGGCCCCAGCGCCUGUUACAGAAGAGAUGCAGAGGAACCAGAUGACCAGCACAACCAUCGCUCCAGGCUCAGCCCAGGAGCCCAUCGAGGUCCGCACCGAGAACCUCUUCCAAAGGACGGAGGUGUUGGCAGCUGUCAUCGCCGGCGGCGUGAUCGGCUUCCUUUUCGCCAUCUUCCUCAUCCUCCUCCUGGUUUACCGCAUGAGGAAGAAGGACGAAGGCAGCUACGACCUGGGCGAGAGGAAACCUUCCGGCACCGCCUAUCAGAAGGCCCCCACCAAGGAGUUUUACGCAUAAGUCCCGCCCACCUUUCACGGGACCAACCAAUCACAAGAGGCCGCCCGAGCCGCGGCGACAGCGAACACCUGAAACAACAAGUUACAAUCUCCAUUUAAGGAAAAAUAGCGUAAUGGAAAGCUUUUGCAUAGCAUAUUGUUAUUAAGAUCUUUUUCCCUUCUUUUGUUUAUAAAAAAAAAAAAAAGCUUUCCUCGUUUUAUGGCAACUGUCAGCGUAUUGUACGAUUUUUUUAUUUUUUAAAAAAUAACAAACGGGAUCUGUAAAAGUGAUAAAAUCAAUCGCAUCUGUCUUCUGUUUAAGGAGCUCGUGUUUAGUCGCUGACUACUUUUAACUGUAGCAGUAUGAAAAGAAAAAAAAAAUCAAACGUGGAAAUAAUUGAAAAGAAUUAUCCUGUAUUCUUUUUCUUUUCUUUUGUCUUAGCAUGUCUGAUGUUGAUCUCUAAAGUUGUAUGACAUUAAUUUAUCUUUUCUCUGAUGUUGAAAAAUGCCUUUGUAGUUUGGAUGAAGCUCUUUUGUCUUCACAUUAACGCUGUUAAUAGUCAAUGUACAUUUUUUUCGCGCUCGCUUUUGAAACAAAAGUGGUGAUUUUUUUUUUUUUUAAUGUAAUUACCAUAAGCAGGAAUCGGUAAAAGACGGAGUAGCGUUAACCCGAGUGGCUAAACUGGCAUCUUGUCCCCUUUUCGGCGGCCUCUCGUUUUGUGUUUACCAUCACGCCCACCUUCUUUCUUAGUCCGACUGGAGCGCGGCCAGUUAAGCUGUCGUUGGCCUGCCCCACUUCCUGCUUUGUGUUGACGCUUUGGGCCCAAAGACCUGCUCGCUGAAAGGCCUGAUUGGACACAAACAGCAGGCCACAUGCAUAGCACAUACCACUCAAAUAAACAGUAUAGACCCUGAUGUUGACCGACCCAAAGACUUCCAGAAUUGUUCCUCCGCGGCCACUUUUUUUUUUUUUGCUCUUUUCCACUUUCUCUUUCUCAAUUAGAGAGGUCUGACCUUAGCGUAUUAGUAUAUGGAAAGAUAUAUAAAUACAGUAUAUAUGAUGUAUAUUCACAAAUGUUUUAAACCUUCAAAGUGCCUACCAUUUGGACGGAAGAUGAUGCUCACAGUGAGCAUGAGGCAAGGUUCCAAACAGCUUGACUGGCAUUCAGUGUGCAGGAUGACUGGAAUGGGAACAUUUUUGUUUUUUUAGUCUUACAAAAAGCUGACAGUAUUGUACCUAUAAUUUCAAACAACACUACUGAAUAAACAUUGUGGCCUAAUA